AUGGACGAACAAUUGAUUUUCACCACAACGAAUGCUGGCACCAUCACGAACAUUCAUUCCGGAGAACAAUCCAAUUUAAGACAAUGUACAGUCGGCUCACCCAACAGUGCUGUUCAAGUAGGUCAUAAAUAUUUAUUCGUGGCUCAAGAAGGUAAGGCAUUGAUUAACGUUUAUAACAUUUCUGGACCUCAUAAGAGAGAAUCCGUGGAACAAAGAUUACCUCUACCUGAAAUUGUUAAAUGUCUUGAAGUAGUUGAAAACAAUAAUAGUAAUGCAGCAGUAGCAGAUUUCGAUUUACCAUACUUACUUUUGGCAUCCACAGAAUCAGGGAAAUUAUAUAUUUGGGAACUAAAUUCAGGAAUCCUAUUGAAUGUGAAGCCAAUGGCUCAUUACCAAUCCAUUACUAAAAUUAAAUCUAUAAUGAAUGGGAAAUAUGUUAUUACCUCUGGUAACGAUGCAAGAGUUAUUAUUUGGCAAACAAUGGAUUUGAUUGAACAAGAUGACCCCAAACCUAUUUGUAUCUUGCAUGAUCAUUCUUUACCUGUCACUGAUUUCCAAGUUUCUUUAACUCAUGGUGAUUUUUUGUCAAAUUCUGGGUUGAUAUUAUUCACCGCCUCUCAAGAUUCUACGGUGAGAUGUUAUGAUUUAAGAUUGAUCGCUACAGAAAAUAACAAAAAGAAGAGAAGAAAAGUUAAUAAUUCCACUGAUACUGAAGGACAACAACAACAACAACAAAAUGAUGAUUUAAGUCAACCGCGUUUAAUUGCUACAUUUUCAUUACCAUUCCCAAUCAAUUCAUUAUGUCUUGAUCCAGCUGAUAGAGCCAUGUAUUUAGGUACCAAUAAUGGAUGUUUUGCAUUGGAUCUAUUUUACAAAUUGAAAAAUAAUAGAAUUGUAAAUCUUUUACAAUUAAAUAAUGAAGAUAACAAAUCUAAAAUUUAUUCAUUGGUAGAAAGAAUUCCACACGGUAUACCACAAGAUAGUAAUUCAUUAUAUGCCAUUGGUCAAUUAUUAUGCGACAAAGUUUCCUCAUCUCAUGUUACAGCAUUGAAAUCAUCGAUGGAUGGUACAUUAUUAGCUAUUGGUGAUUCUAUGGGGAAGAUCUCUAUCACCGAAAUUUAUUCCAAACAAAUCUUGAAAACCUUACAACCUUUAACAAGUGGCCAAAUAUCAAAUGGUCCCGUUAUGAAUUUACUUAUUGAAACACAAUUUAAUGACACGAAGAAUCAAUUAAUUGGUAUCAUUUCCUCCUCUUCCAAAUCUUCGUCUGGUUCGUCAACACAAAAUAGUAUGAAAAUACCAACGUUACAAAGAAUCAUAUAUGAUAAGGAGAAAUUAGGUCAAUUACAUGAUAUUUGGUUCCAAACAGGGGAGCCAAUUGGAAGCAACAACAUGACGAUGCAGAGUAAGAUAAUAACGCCAUUGAAUGAUUUCAAUGGGUAUUUAAAUAAUAUAAAAUCUCAAGAACUUAUAUUCCAAAAGCAACAAGAACAAGGGUCUACUGAAAUUAAGACAAUUCGAGAACAGACCAUUACAUCGAUAAACCCAAAGCAAGAUACUACUACUGCUAACAAGGAUAAAGAGAUUGCCGAGUUGAAGAAGAACAUAGCGACGUUGACAAGUGCAUAUAAGGAUCUACGUGACAUGCAUGAAAAAUUAUAUGAAGAACAUGAAAAACUGGCAAAAUAG